AUGCAUGUCCCUGAAAGCCUCCAGGACCUGGCUGACAGUGAGGCCGUUCAGUUUCUGAAGAGGCCAAAGACCAUGGGGCGGAUCUUCUCAGGGGUCUUCUCCCUGGUGGUCUUCUCCUCACUGCUGACUGACGGCUACCAGAACAAGACGGACUCCCCGCAGCUGCACUGCGUCCUCAACAGCAACGCCAUGGCCUGCAGCUUCGCCGUGGGCGCCGGCCUGCUGGCCUUCCUCAGCUGCCUGGUCUUCCUUGUGCUAGACGCCCAUGAGGGCCGCAUUGCCGGCUCCCGCUUCAAGACGGCCUUCCAGCUCCUCGACUUCAUUGUGGCGGUCAUCUGGGCCUGCGUCUGGUUCGUUGGCUUCUGCUUCCUGGCCAACCAGUGGCAGCAUGCGCAGCCCCGGGAAUUCCUGCUGGGGAGUAGCAGCGCCAAGGCUGCCAUCACCUUCACAUUCUUCUCCGUCCUCGUCUGGAUAUUCCAGGCCUACCUGGCCUUCCAGGAACUCCAGGAGGAUGCCCCUGUCCCCUACAAACGCUCCCUGGAAGAGGGGGCCGUGGUGCUGACCACCCUCUCCCCGCCCUCGGCUGCCAGCCCUGUCAGCUCCUCUGCCACCGGCCCCAACAGCCUGAACUAUGCCAGCUCUGCCCUGUCCCCCUACCUGAGCACGCCGAAGGUCCCCCGCCUCGCCAUGAUACCCGACAACUGA